GGGGCCCCUGUGUCCUUGCCCAAACUCAAAAAAGCCUAUGAAAAAGGUACCAGGGGCAUCUCAUGGGGCCCCCUACUGAACUCAUGGGGCCCCCGGGCAAUAGGGGAUCAUGGGGCCCCUGUGUCCUUGCCCAAACUCAAAAAAGCCUAUGAAAAAGGUACCAGGGGCAUCUCAUGGGGCCCCCUACUGACCCCGGGCCCUCAGGCAUUGCCCGAGUUUCCAAAUGGUCAGUCCGCCCCUGCCUCAAUCUGAUGUUCAUGGUGAUACUUCAUAUGUGUGGGACGAUCACUG